AUGGGUCCUCCUCUGAAGCUCUUCAAAAACCAGAAGUACCUGGAACUGAAACAGGAAUGCAUCAAAGAUGGUAUACUUUUCUGUGAUCCAACGUUUUUGCCUGAGAAUGACUCACUUUUUUACAACCGACUGCUUCCUGGUAAGGUAGUGUGGAAACGUCCCCAGGACAUCUGUGAUGACCCCCGUCUGAUUGUGGGCAACAUCAGCAACCACCAGCUGAUCCAAGGGCGACUAGGACACAAGCCAAUGGUCUCUGCAUUCUCCUGUUUGGCUGUCCAGGAGUGUCACUGGACAAAGACAAUUCCCAACCAUAAGGAACAGGAAUGGGACCCUCAAAAACUAGAUAAAUAUGCUGGGAUAUUUCACUUCCGUUUCUGGCAUUUUGGAGAAUGGACUGAAGUGGUGAUUGAUGACUUGCUGCCCACCAUCAAUGGAGAUCUGGUUUUCUCCUUCUCCACCUCCAUGAAUGAGUUUUGGAAUGCUCUAUUGGAAAAAGCUUAUGCAAAGUUGCUUGGCUGUUAUGAGGCCCUUGAUGGUUUGACCACCACUGAUAUCAUAGUGGACUUCACUGGCACAUUGGCUGAAACUGUUGACAUGCAGAAGGGAAGAUACACUGAGCUUGUUGAGGAGAAAUACAAGCUGUUCAAAGAACUGUACAAAACAUUUACCAAAGGAGGUCUGAUCUGUUGUUCUAUUGAGUCUCCCAAUCAGGAAGAACAAGAAGUUGAAACUGAUUGGGGUCUACUGAAGGGCCAUACCUACACCAUGACUGAUAUACGGAAGAUCCGUCUUGGAGAGAGACUUGUGGAAGUGUUCAGAACUGAGAAACUGUAUAUGAUUCGCCUGAGGAACCCCUUGGGAAGACAGGAAUGGAGUGGCCCCUGGAGUGAAAUUUCUGAAGAGUGGCAGCAACUGACUGCAGCAGAUCGCAAGAACCUGGAGCUUGUUAUGUCUGAUGAUGGAGAGUUUUGGAUGAGCCUGGAGGACUUUUGCCGCAACUUUCAUGAACUCUAUGUCUGCCGCAAUGUGAACAACCCCAUUUUUGGCCACAAGGAGCUAGAAUCAGUGGUGGGAUGCUGGACUGUGGAUGAUGAUCCCUUGAUGAAUCGUUCAGGAGGCUGCUAUAACAACCGUGAUACCUUCUUACAGAAUCCUCAGUAUAUCUUCACUGUGCCUGAGGAUGGUCACAAGGUCAUCAUGUCACUGCAACAGAAGGAUAUGCGUACAUACCGACGCAUGGGAAGACCUGACAAUUACAUCAUUGGCUUUGAGCUCUUCAAGGUGGAGAUGAACCGCAAAUUCCGCCUUCAUCACCUCUAUAUCCAGGAGCGCGCUGGGACUUCCACCUAUAUUGACACCCGCACUGUAUUUCUGAGCAAGUACCUGAAGAAAGGCAACUAUGUGCUUGUCCCAACCAUGUUUCAGCAUGGCCGCACCAGCGAGUUUCUCCUGAGAAUUUUCUCUGAAGUGCCUGUCCAGCUCAGGGAACUGACUCUGGACAUGCCCAAGAUGUCUUGCUGGAAUCUGGCUCGUGGCUACCCAAAGGUAGUUACCCAGAUCACUGUUCACAGUGCUGAGGGCCUGGAGAAGAAGUAUGCCAAUGAAACUGUGAACCCAUAUUUGGUCAUCAAAUGUGGAAAGGAUGAAGUCCGUUCUCCUGUCCAAAAGAAUACUGUUCAUGCCAUUUUUGACACACAGGCCAUUUUCUACAGAAGGACCACUGACAUUCCUAUUAUAGUGCAGGUCUGGAACAGCCGAAAAUUCUGUGAUCAAUUCUUAGGGCAGGUUACUCUGGAUGCUGACCCCAGUGACUGCCGUGAUCUGAAGUCUCUGUACCUUCGUAAGAAGGGUGGUCCAACUGCCAAAGUCAAGCAAGGCCACCUCAGCCUUAAGGUUAUUUCCAGCGAUGAUCUUACUGAGCUCUAA